AUGACCCACCUGCUCCCACCCUCACUCAUCCGACUAUUCGCACCAAGACCACCACUAGAAUACGUUGCACCGAUCUCACGGCAUGAUCGGAAUCCAGCAGCUACACCGCUGACGAAAGACGCCUCUCUCCUCUCGUCUUCCCAUCGCCGCCGUAUUCGCACACCACUAACGGGUGUAGCAGCCACCGUUGAACGCAUUGCAUCCGACACAGCUGCAGCAGGUACAUCAACCGACGAUAUCGCAGUAGAAACUUCAACCUCAAACCUAACCCAUGCACCCGUUACCCUGACUGAAAUCGCCGCAGAAAAAACCCGCGCCGAGAAAGCAGCUAUCAAAACCAAGGGACUCGAAACAUACAAACCGAAUCAAAAUGCAAAUGCAACCGCAGAUCCUUACAAAACUCUAUUCCUCGCGAGGCUAUCAUAUGAUACAACAGAAAAAGAUCUACAUAGGCAAUUCGAGGUCUAUGGUCCCAUACAACAGAUUACUCUGAUCAGGAAUAAACAAGGCAAGUCCAGAGGCUACGCUUUUAUAGCUUAUGAGAGUGAACGAGAUAUGAAAGCAGCAUAUAAAGAUGCAGAAGGCAUAAAAAUCAACGGCAGGCGCGUAAUGGUGGAUGUUGAAAGAGGAAGAACUGUUAAAGAUUGGAAACCCACCAGACUUGGAGGUGGAUUAGGGGGGAAUGCGAGGAAGCCGAAAAAGGCUCCAGAGCCGGUAGAGACAGCUCCUCUUAUGGGCGGUGGGUUUGGCGGCGGGUUUGGCGGUGGUGGUGGUUUUAGGGGCGGAAGGGGAGGAUUCAGAGGUGGUGGUGGCCGUGGAGGGUUUAGAGGUGGUGCAAGAGGAGGUGGAUUUGGUGGUGGAGGAGGAAGAGGCGGAUUCAGUGCUCCAAGAGGAGGGUUUGAUGGUGGAUAUGGUGGUGCGAGAGGAGGCUAUGGUGGUGGUGGUGCUGCUGCUGCGCCAAGAUACGGAGGAGCAGGGCCGAGAGAUGAUAGAGAUUACCCAACAGGUCCAAGCGGAGGGAGUGGAGGAGGUUACGGUGGCCGAGGAGGUGCGGGAUACGAUGAUGCUCCUCCUGCCAAACGUAGUCGAUAUUAA